UUAGCAUUUAUUUCUAAAACUUGGCUUAUUGGUUCAUAAUGUAGACUAACACAUUAAAUUAUCAUAAAGCAUCUUAAAUUACAGCUUUUAUAGAAAUUCUGUUUAGGUUUCUAUAGUUACAGACCUAUGUAUACCGUGAUAUUGGAGGCCUUGAUCUUUUUUUAUUGUAAAAAUUUGAGACUCAGAGUAGUACAAAAAUGAUACAGUGUAAUAUGACAACUGCGAGGGGGUUACAAAUGCGUCACAAUAAAAUUACAUAAAUACAGUAAAGAGAGCGCAUAAUGUAACCUGGCUAUUCUCUGCAUGGUUCUCUGGAGAUGGUUUACAAAUUAUGUCUAAUAAGCAUGCGCAUAUGCUUAGGCGUGACGUACGUUUCGCGCGGGGGGAUGGCUACGUCAUAACGGAUUAUGACGUGAACCAGUAUCAAAGGCAGCUUACUGCUACGGUUUAGUUUUAAGUAAACUUUAUGUCAAGAAGAGAAGCCAUAGUGAGCAGAACAUUGUUUCUUUACGGAAACCUUUGAAUAAAAAUAAAACUUUGAAAGAUGGAAGAGUCAAACGGGCAAAUGAACAGAAGCAUCCACAUCUCCAUUGACAACCUGGAGGACAUCAUAUUGCCCCGCCUGAACACUUUAACACCAGCACAGUGGACCUUGCUUUCACAGGGUCUAAGGGAUUCACAUAUAACAGCCGUCAUGGCUGACAUACUUACCAACAUUUUUCAACAAUGUGUGGAAAAUUCACUGACCGUCCUUGUGCCAAUAUUGGAAGAUUGUAUGGCGAAGUGCAUGAAGACUAAAAUGCCAGAUGAAAACAUCAGUGUGCAUUUGACCAACAUGAUUUCAACAGAAAUGGCCAUUGUCCUCGAGGUGUCUCCACCAGAAGAAGUCUGUGAGAGCAGCAUGGAGUUGAACUCAUUGAUGGAACAGGAGGUCUCUGAAAAAGUAACGUCCAUUGCAAAUGGCAUCAAGAGAACCUCUAGUUUUCCUGCAGAACCAGCAGUGUUUGCAAGUGGUUGCAUUUCUAACCUGAGAAAUUUCAACAAGAUGGUUUCCAAUGCAGUUCAGUGUCUUCGCAAACACAUAAACAGAGUCAGCUCAAGAUGCGUCGAAAGAUACUGGAGUGCAUUCACAAAAAAGCGAACCUCAGGCGUGUCUCCAGCAGAAGCAGAGACUGCCUUUGACCUUACAGAGAGAAGUGUUUCUCCUAGUGUGAAAUCUCUCUACUCUGUGGCCUCUGUUAGCGAGAGCAUUGCUGAAAUCAUAGAGAAAUAUUCUGAUGAUGCAGGUGAUGCGAAAGGUGCAGAAGAUGAUGCAGAUUUUUGCCUAGAUCAUUUUGAAGUAAAUGAGGUUGCAGAUGGAAUUAGCAAAACGAUUAUUGACGACCUUCAUUACUGUAAGGCUGAAGGUUCGGUUGGACAGAAAGAUACAAGUUGUUCAUGCGCUCCUCAUUUUAACUUAAAAAAGAUUGUUGGUGAUAUCAGAAAUCUUUUCCGGUCAAAGGGCAAAACUGAUCCUGCUGGAAAAGAAGAAAUAGUCAAAAAAACACAAUUUUCCAGAUUUGCCAAGGAUCAGUUCGCCACCAUGGCGUCUUCUUUGGAGAUCUCAUUCAAGGACUCAAGUGACACGAAUGUGGUGAAACUGAAACAAGAUACAUAUAUAUCAAACACAUUGGCUCGCCUCAUGUUUCCUGGAUGUGUCCCUGAAGAUUCAUCAGUGACGAAAACAGACCAAAUUCCUAAGCUGGAUUUUCAGUCCAUCAAACCUCAAAUUGACAGACUGUGUACAGAAUUCAUGGAAAACCCACAGUUGAAUGACAAGAUCAAGCAGUUUUCCAAGGAACUGACAGAUAAAUUAUAUACUGAUAUCACCAGCAGCCAUCAUUAUAACCUUCCUGUUCCCCCCGAAAACCUUUCAGAGUCUGUCCUCUCUAGCGAGAAAAUAAGUGACAUUUCUGGCCAAAUAGAAAUUUGCCCUGAAAUCUUCUAUGCCAGAACAGAAGACGAGGUGAGGAGAUUUCUCCAAAACAUCUUUCUUUGGCUCAAAAAUGAGGAAAUAAAUCGCAUAAGUGAGAGUGACAGGGUGUCCAAUGUGCUCUCGGAGAUCAAUGAUCUUGUUGGACAAACAUAUGAGACCCAAAUCCCCAAAUCCAUGUCUCCAGGAACUGAGAAGGACUCCAUCCCAACCAUUGGAAGAGAAUUCAAAGAGCAGCCUGAAUAUCAUGAAAAAGCUGAAACUGACUCGUUGAUUGAUUCAUUGCUUACACCACCAGGGACUAGGUAUGUCAAAUUUGUUGAAGAAAUCACUAUCAUUCCAAUUCCAGAGAUAAAUGAAACCAUAGAACAAAAGAAGAACGAGCUGGAGGAAUGUAUGAAAUGCUUUGCGAUGAGAGCCUUUUUGAACUGCUGGGAGGAAAACGGUGGGCCAGUGAGCACUACAGACAUGAAGAGAAUCUUGUCUUAUCUACCUCUACUCUGAUCUGAAAAAUCAGUUUGGCUCCACUAGAGAUCUGUGGAAGGCUUCAACAUCACUAGAUGGCCAUCCUCUUCAGGACGCCAUAUUGAAAUAUUUAAGAAAGCACUUUCUCAUGACACGCAAAAUGGGUACAACUGAGAAGAUCACUUCAACACUCACAGAGAUUUUUUGCAUCCUAAAAUAGAGAGCCAUUAAAUUACAGACCACAAACACAACCUCACAAUCACAAAAUUCAGUAAUAAUGCAGGUAUAGUGCACUUGGAUUGCAGAUCAGAGUUUUCGUUUUUAUUUAUUUUUUAUGUUAGUUUCAAGCUCAUUCCUUUAUUAAUCUCCAUUGCUGUUCAUUUGUCUUUCCCUGGAGGUGACCUGACCCUGGAAAAGUGGAAGAUGGAUGGAUGGAUGGAUGGAUGGAUGGAUGGAUGGAUG